AGAUUUUCUAGAUAAAACAUACUCCAUAUGAUCUCGGGUUCCCCCCUUCCCCUUUUAGGUAAUCAGCAGUACAUUCCGCACAUUUGUGUCUGUUAAAUGUUUGUCAACAAAAUUGCUUAAAAUUUUCACAAAUGAUGCCUAAAUUAGACGUCCAGAGCUUAUAAACCGCAUCUUAAUUCAUAUAAGCAACGAAAAGACAAUAAAAGUAAGGAGACCAUUUUCUAACCUUAACAAAAUUCAAACUGUUGGUCAAUCAAAAACAAAAAAAUGCCACGAUAUUUUGAAGCGACGACCGUUUUCAACUUUACAUGGGACCAAGUUGCACGCGGCUUUUGGCAAAAGUAUCCCAAUCCUAACAGUAAGCAUGUUUUGACCGAGGACACAGUGAUACGCGAGGUGCGAUCUGGCAAAUUGUUUUCCAAACGACUGAUAAGGAAAACUAAUCCAAGUCCGAAAUGGGCCGAACGAUUCGUUACCACAAAAAAUGUCAACAUUGUAGAGGAGUCGAUUGUUGAUCCCAUAAACAAAACACUGGUUACCUACACACGAAAUUUAGGAUAUUUAAAAGUUAUGAGCGUUACUGAGAAAGUUAUCUAUAAGGAAAGUGAUGAGCAUCCAGGUAAGACGGUGGCCAUACGGUCUGCUUGGAUCGAUUCACAAAUAAAGGGCUUCGGCCGUGCAAUCUGCGCGUUCGGAUAUGAACGGUUUAAGAAGAACUGUAAUAAGAUGGUCGGAGGAUUUAAUUAUGUCUUAGCCAAUAUGUUCCCUCCACAUACGAUAACGUCAACGGCACAUAAUGUUGUAACCACAAAGAGUAAACUAAAAGACGCUGCUAAAAGUGCAUCCGAACUCGCCAAAGCAAGAGCUGCUCCGAUUUAUGCAAGUUUACAUCCAAAUCAAUCUUAAAAGCUGUUUGAGUUUCGUGUACAUAGCAAGCAAUGACAACAUUAAAAAUCAGUAUUUUGUA